UGUCGACUUAUAGACUUAUAGAUCCCUAAUAGCAAAUAAAUUGAUAAAAAAAAGUGUUUCUAAAAAUGUAAAAUGUACAUAAAGCAUACAUAGUAGUAGUACACGUGUGUGAUAUCAAUAUAGCCGAGUUUUCAGCGUAUUUCGGGGCAAUACUAUCAAGGAAAAAUCGCUUCGUUUUUCUCUGAAUUACAGCAAGCACACAUAGCGUACUCACAAGGCGGACGGCAGCAGCAGAGGCAACUACAAUUACAAAUUUUUCUUUUUUUUCAUUUGUGGUGCGGUGAUCUAAAUGAAGAACACAGAGACCAUUUAUUUUGAUGCAAUGACUUUCAAGUGUAUGGAAGCCACAGAGUGCUGAUGAUCACAGUGUAAAAAGUCAUAAAUCUUCGAAUAUUACAUAAAUACAGUAAUCGUAUCGCAGUGCGUACGUGAACAAUGGAUGGAACGUCUGAAGAGGUGGUGUCUAUAGCGACGGCAAAGUCGGCGGGGGUGUCCAACUCGGGCAGCAUGAUAAAUUAUGGAAAAAACGACAUCAAGGUCUCGGAGGAGGGUGUUGCUAAGCUAACAUUUGGUUUUCUCGACGAUAUGCAGGGCGAUAGUAGCCUUGAGCCGGGCGAAGUAAAAACCCCGCCUCCAGGCUCCAGUCCAGCCUCUACAAAAGACUCGACCCCAAUGAGAACAAUUAAACCCGAGCCGCCAGCCAAGCAUCUAGCUAGAGAAGCCCUGGCCAAGGCCCUAAAAACCGUGUCCCAAAUGGAAGCCGAAGCUUGCGAAGAAAAAGUACGUUUGAUUUUGGAAUUAGACGCCAAACGACGGAAGGAGGAAAAACUACAAAGUGAGAAACGUCGACAGUUAGAGGAAGAUAGUAGCAAAAUGGUUGAGACGGAACGAAAAUCAAAGGAAGAACGUAAAAAAUUGAAAAAACUGAAAAAAGCCCAAAAAGCCGCAAAAAAGGCGUUGAAAGACAUUGACCGAGAAGAGGACGAAGAUAAGUCAGUGGCAAAAAAACGCAAGGUGUCCACUCGCUCCGAAAGCGAUGAAAGUGAGGGUCUAUGCUCUUCGGCAGACGAUGAUGAUGAUAUUAAAGAUGAUUCACAGAAAUAUAUGGAAAAAGUCUCGUCUGUAGUAGUUGCUGCUUCUAGCGCGCCCGCCUCACGUUUUCCCCCGCACAUGCCACAUUUGCCUCAUCCUCCACCUCAUUUGCCGCCAGAUGCAUUUAUUGGAGGUUAUCGUGGUAUGAAUCCAUUUAUGCGCGGCGGCCGCAUGGAUUUUCCACAUGGUCGAGGGGGUUUCAUACCACGCGGAAGAGGAGGCAUACGUGGUGGUCGUAUGCCUUUUUCAGGUUUUAGGCCGCCAUUCUUUUCGGUUGGUGGCAACACUGGCGUUGUAGGCCCUCCGCCUAGGCAUCAUGGUCCUCAACAUCGUCAGCAUCAUACACCACCACCAAAUCGUGGUCACUCACCGAUACUGCCGCCUUCUACAAAUUUAAUAUGGACAAAGUGUAAACCUUCGAUUUCAUAUGCAUUUAAAUCAUCUAAAGAAUUUAGAUCUCGCGAUGCAACUCCCCAAACUCAUACCGAAGCAAAGUACCAUUCGACUGCAACAUCGAAAUCAGUAUGCACCGAAGCCGAAGCUGACGAAGAGGACUGGGAUGCAGAAGAAGUUCGCGAUCAAAAUGAAAAGACUAAGAAACGCAGCAAAGAAACCAAAAAGAAAUCCUCUUCAAAGGAAAAAAAGAAAAAGAAGCAAAGAGAUAAAGACAAGGAUAAGGAGAAGGACAAAGUGAAAGACAAAGAAAAACAAAAGGAACGAGACACCAAGAAAAGCAAAAGGAAAUCUCCAUCACUUCCACUGAUGAGUGCGUCUUCAAAGUCAUCCAAAAAGAAAAAGUCGAAAAAGGCAAGUAGACGUAAAAUUGAAAAGAUUCGUAAGUCCUAUGGCAAGUCCCGAAAGUCUUCGGAGGAUACAGAAACGUCAACGGACCACCAGCCAGACUCUGAGGAGAAGGAGGAGUACAUUCCUGACGAGGAAGAAAUUCGCAACAAAGUUCAAAAUAUGAAGGUAGAAAAAAUUGAAACAGUUACAGAACUUAAGAUUGAGGAUAUCACUUUGAAAGUCAAACCUCUGAUAAUUGUCAAAAAAGAACCACUCGACGAUGAUAACGAUGAUAAAAAGAGGGAGGAAGUGUCCGAACAAGAAAAGGAAAAAUUGUAUGAUAUGUUUGCCGAUUCUCCACCACAUCGCCUCGGCCAACUUGGUGAGGGAAGCAUAAAAACUGUUGCCGAAAGCCCAAAAGUGGGAAAAAAAUUGGAAAACGAACCCAUUUCCAAAGGAACAAACGAUUUGGCAUCUGUUGUUGACAUUCGAAAACACAAAAAUUCAACACUAGCUGAUCCAGAAAAAGAUGAUACUUCUAAACCAUUGUCAAGUGUUUCGUCCGAAGAAGUAGUAUCCUCCCAGUAUGUGGGCAGCAUUACACCUCCUCUACCCAUAAAGGCGGGGCCCACUAUACAGAAAUCAUCAACGUUACACGACGCCAGAGAAAUUCAGAAGCGUAUUGAUAAGAUUUUGCAGCAAGAUGAUAUCAAAUUGGAAGCAAUUGAGGCCGCCAAGGAAAUGCUUAUACAAAAAACACAGAAACAUCAAAGUGCAAAGGACAAGAACUGCCAACCUUCCACGACAUCCCCCAAGGCAAAGCAUGACUCCUCGCAGAAAGAGCAUCGCGAGUUGAAAGAAGAAAAGAUGGAGUUGAGUGAACACAAACCACAACAAAAACUUGAACACUCAGACAAGGAUAACAGAGGGUGCCACAAAGAGAAACUUGAGGACCGAACAUCGGAGCAUAAGGAUGUUGAUAAACGUCGAGACCACUCAAAAAAUAAGGACGAUAAAGAAUUGAAAACAAAAGAAAAACCUUCUUCAUCCUCCAAUAGAGAAAAACAACGUUAUUCAAGAGACAGAGAUGCAAGACAUUCUAAGGAUAGGUUUCGAGACGACAAUGAGAAAGAUAGAUAUCGCAAGGCCACCAGUUCUAAAUCAAGAAAUCCUUUUAAACGAUCCAACUCACGCGAUCGAUCCAACAAAAAAGGCGAUAGUCGUCGACGUUCGCGCUCAAGCCAAAGGGAAGUUUCGACGAAACGCAGGUACUCUAGCGAUCGCAAAAGGGACGAGAGUAAUGCUAAGUUGUCAUCAAAGCGCCGUAACAGUGGCAGUGGUGUAGUAACAACCUGUUUUAUUUCAAACCGUUCUAAAUCACGAGACAAGGACGGUAAGUUUUCCAGCAGUUCCUCGGGGCGAGACAAGACAACUCGCAAUGAAAGAUAUUCCUCUCCAGAAACUAAAGCAGGCAAAAAAUCUAAGUCGCCCAUCCGGAAAGUGGAUAAAUCAUCGGAAAACAGAAUGAAAUCUAAAGAGGAUACAAAUUUGGGUAGGUCAACGACGCCCCCUCCGCCUGAAAAGUCCAAAGUUCAUUCUGAAGUAAAACCACAAGAAAAGUCCAAGACUUCAAAGAAAGCAGAAACCAAAAUGCGACCACUGUCGUUUUCGAGAGAUGAAUUUCUCUCCCCCAAGGAUGGUGCUGAUUCCGAUUUAAAUGUAGACUCCCAGGAUGGUUCAUGUCCAACAAUAUCCCCUAGUGAUAAAGAAGAUAGCCCUGAUACCGACGAUUAUAUGGACAACUGGGAGAAUGAUGAGUAUGUUGAUUUGGACUUGAAUGCUCCGGAAGAUAGUUCAACGCCACGUCGUAUGUCACCCGAGGUGGCUGCUGAAGAAUCGUUUGUAACAAAAUUUGUUAAUCCUUCGCCACCCACUAAUCAUGGUCCGGAAGAACAUGUAAAAGAAACCACUGAACAAUCAGCAGGCUUGCAUCCUGCAACACCUCCUUUAGAAUUGCUAAAUGCACUGCCAAAUCAAGUAAAGCCUAAAGAGCAAGAUAGUGAAAAACCCGUUGAAAAACAACCCCAACUGUUUGGUAUGCAAGAGCUAUACGAUCAGUUUAUAAAGAGCGUCGAAGCUACUGGCGUCGAUAUUAAAAAUGCCUCCAAUGAGAAUAAAGGCGAGCAACAGACGGCAGAUGAUAUAUGCGAUGAGCAUUCGGCAAAUUCCAAAUCAAGUGAAGAACUUUUGUCCACUUCAUCAACAUCAACUUCGUCAACUUCUUCGUCCAGUUCCUCGUCUUCGGAGGAUAAUUCAUCCUCUUCUUCUUCCUGCACAUCCAGCGCCACAUCAUCCGAUGAGAGCAACGAUGCCGAAAGUUUUACAAAAUCCAUUGAAAAUCCUCCCAAGAAAAUUAAAACGGAAGAGUCAGUGGAAGGAAUCCCAUGUGCAGAGAAGACUUUGCCAAUAGAAGACAAAGGGCAGGCGCUUCUCUUUGAACAACAGUCUUCAAAAGGAAGCCCGGAAAAAGUGGUGGCGGUGGAAAGAGAACCGCGUACUCCUUCUCCUACGCCUCUACAGAAGUCAAUGAUUCUUAGCCAAACCACACCAACAUCUGGAACUCAAAAUUUGAAAACUGCCAAGACCGAGGUGGCCAAAGAUUUUAAAAAAUUAAAGAGCCUCGAAGCAAAUCUUUUGCGUAUUCAACUGAUGCGAGCCAACUACGAUUCUAAAGAUGAGAUCAGUGAGGAACUGCAUAAAAUGGAGAUGCUCUUCUUGCAGGAGAAGAAAUUGAUUUUACAGAAAUAUGCGAAAAAUGUGCAAGCAGAUAAACAGAAUGUGAGAGAUGAAUCUUCUGGCCAAUGUUUUGUUCCCAAUCCGCCAACAGAUAUUUCAGCCUUGAGCAAUGAUUCACAGCCACCCCCACUGCCUCCGCCGGCUGAGCCGGAAAUAAAGUUGGAACCUAACAAAAUCUUUGAUGCAAAUCGAGAGGCCAUCAAACUGACUAUUUCGCCAAUGAAACUGCCUUCAAAGCCAGCCAUAUUCCAAUCAUCGUUGGCUGAUGACUCAGAAAAGAAAGCUGGAGAUGAAAAAGAAGAAGUAGACUUCACCGAGAAACUAGUGAAGCCCAUCAAAGAAGUGGCUAUCGUUAAGCCUAUGAUGGAGACCAAAGAAUCGCAGGAGUCACGAACUAGAGAAUCACAUAGACACCAUCGUUCACCGGCUUACACGGGCAGCCGAGAUCGACCAAGGUCCCCGUCGAACUACAGGGAUCGCAAUCGAAGAUCAACCUCUCGCACAAGAUUUAGUCCACAACGUAGAGUUGCCAGAGGCAGGUCAUUAUCCAUAAGUCCGCCUCGAAGAAAUGCACGACACAUAACACCACCAAGAAGAGGUGGAGGAACUGGCCCAAGAUUCCGUCUUUCGAGCAGAAGAUCUCGUUCGAGAUCUCGUAGUCGCAGUCCAAUACGACAGUUUGCAAGUAGACGUGGCAAAGACAUUAGUCCAUUGAGAGUCCGGAAAAGAGAUCAGGGCGGCAAUCAGCUACAUUACAAAAAAUUCAGUAGGAUAAGAGGCUCACGCUCCAGAUCACCGCGUUCUCCUCAAAGGCCCAGAUCUCCACGAACUCCUCCUCCUCCGAGAAGACGGUCGUUUAGUGCAGAUCGCUAUUCUCCUUUGCCAUUCAAACCACCAUCACCGCCUAUGCGUCGAAGCAUGUCACCAUUGAGUUCUCCACACUCGCAAUCAAGAAGGUCCCGUUCACCCCAUUCGCCUCCCCGAAGACCGAGGUCUCCCCGCUCGCCAAGAUCUCCUAGGUCGCCCAGAUCACCAAGGUCGCCAGUUUCACCACCCCAUGGUAGCCGCUAUGACGAUCACAUGCGUCGACGAGGGUCUAGCUUCGAAAGACACUCAUCAGUUUCUCCACAAGGGCAAUACUAUGGAGGUGGAGAGUCAAUAGCAAGCGGCGGCAAUGCUGCUUCAAACAAUCCGUCGUACUAUUCGUACAAUAUGUCUCCAAACCGUAUAUCCUUGGAUGCCCGUAUUAAUAUUGUUCUAAAUGGUCCUGGUCACGAAACGCCACCAACGGGCUAUGAGGAUUACUCAAAUUACGCACAAUAUGGAGGUGCAGCUUACAUGACAAUACCACCACAAUCGAUGGCAGAGCCGAACAUGUCCGCCGGUGGCUAUUAUCCAAAUCCAUACGUUUCAAUGCUGCCUCACCAAACCAAUGCAGAAGGUCACCAAUUACCGUUGCAGCCACCUCCGCCCCAUAUGCAAGCUUCCCACCAUACGCCGAUGCCACCUCAUCAUCAACAUCAUUCGGCUGCACAUCAUCCAACAUAUUCCGCCAUACCCACCAUCAACACCAGUGGUCACCCUUCAGGACCACCGCACCCCUACUACUACAAUGACUUUAAUAUGAGCCAACAGCCAGCAAAUCCAGUACUGAAAGAACUACCAAAAGUUGCAUCUGUGGCCGUGCAAAAAGGCAAUGUGUUGGAGAUAGUGCCGUCGAAUGUUCACAAUAUGCCUACUGUGUCGUCGUCGCCCUGCUUAGCGACGCCAGUGGCAGUUAAAACGGUUAUCCCUGAACCGGACACAGCGGUGGCCAAAAAGUCAAAAUCUCCGGUAAUUUCAUGGAAGGACGAGGUAAACAGUCGACAUGUUAAGGCUGCCGUUAUGCGUCUUAAUCGAGAAAGUGAAAACAGCAUGCGAAGCAUUCUCAAACCUUCCUUGGAAUCCGCCAAAACUCUAAAAAUUGAAAAGAAGAAGGUCUACUUUGAAGAUGGUAUUUAUCCAAGCCGGGAUAGUGACGACGAGGAUCGCAAAUUGAUCGAAGAUAAGAUACGGCGCAAGGUGAAAAGGCUGCGCAAGAAACGCGGCAUUGAUGUGGCUGCAUCGCGUGAAGUUUUGGGCGAAAUGCAGACGAAGCAUGAAAUUAAAAUUGAUCCUGAAAUGGAGAAAUUGCCCCCGCCACCACCACCCACGACACCGUUACCUGCAAAUCUAGAACAACCGAUAUACUUGAGGCCACCGACGCCAGUUCCACUCGUCUAUUUCCACUUUGAUUCAAUGGUGCACUCAAUGUAUGUAUCGCAACUGGAAAAACCAAUACCACCACGACUGUUGAAUCCAAAGUGUGUGCCACCGCCGGGACCACCACCGCCGCCACCUUCCCAAAGAUCGCCCAGUGUAAACUCACCCACCAACAACAACAACCCCAUGACCGUCAAAAAAGAUUUGAAUUCAAUGGCAAUUCUGAACAGAACCAAUCGCCAUGAAGGCCAAAAUAUACACUCGCCCAAGUUGGCAGCAAACGAACAAAAACGAGACAGUCCAGGCCACGGUGCACCUGAGCGCCAUUUAAGCAAGAAUAACACUCAUUUUCAAGCUGGGCCACCAGGAUCUCCACAGAUGCAAAUCCCCCAGCCAAUUCGUCAUGCAUCGCCACCCAUGGGUUUCGGUGGCAUGCGAAUUAAUAAUUUUACGCGACUACCGCCGUCGCCUUUAGCGCGUGGUUCGAUGCCCCCGUUCAUUCCAUCGAAUAUGCCGGUAAUGCAUGGCAUGGGUGCAAGGCAUCCGCAAUUCAAUAUGCCGCCACCGGCCAUGCCGCCCGACACCAACUUUCAAAUUCCACACACAUUUCCUCCCUCGCCAAAACCUCCGCCACCAGGCUUCAUGAAUAUGCAGCAGCGACCUCCUCCUAAUCCGGGAUACUUUAUGGGAUCCCCUUCAAUGCAUCAUCCGCCUCCCCCGCUGCCACACACAGACAUGGACAAUAAUUCGCAUGCAAGAGUUGUAAGUCCGCAGGCCAUGAUUGCGCCGUAUAAUGUAAAAAAGACUGUUAAUUGAAAUUAAGGUAAAGAGCAACACCAGU